AGAAUCUUCAAAAUACAUAAUAUAAAUCCAUGUUAAUCGGCUACCUUCCUACCUUAGUUCAAAAACAGUACUUGACUGUUUAUCAAUGGAGUAGAAUUACAUUUCACAGUAAAAGGCAUUAUUAAAUGUCAGUCAGUAUAAAGACAAUGUUUGUGGUUGUUGUUUGGAUCUUAUAAAUAAAAAAUAUAAAUUUACGACCCUCCAUGUUUUCUAAUUUCUGCCUGAAGAAAAUAAUCUAUAUUAUUCUCCAUGGUAUUUAAACAGUGGCGAAUCUUGUCAGUAUAAAUGGGCUAUCAUCUACAACCUUUGUUAUGGUUAAAAUUUUCAUUUUUCCUUCGUUCUAGUACAUGUUUAAAUUCGAUGGUGAAUUCUUCACGGAAUAUAAAAGAAUUCAUAUAUAUGAAGCAGUAAAUCAACUAAAACGUCUCCGUUGUUUCGGCGCAUUGUGUGCAAUCAACACUAUUGUUUGGAGUUUUUUUACAUGUAAUCCACGACAGAUACAAACAACUAGUAGCAAUUUUCAGCUCUUCAAAGAAACCGCCCCUAAAUCUUACGAAAAAAUGGUAGAUAGUUUUAGAUUGAAUUCGGAUACCAAACCACUUUAUCCUUGGAUAACAGCUGUACUUGCUUUCUCCUCGUUUCUUGGAGGACUUCUUUUACCACGUCGUAUUAUUCGCAACAUAAUUUUAAUAACCGCUGAGAAUAACAAUACUUCGGCACUACAAAAGUUUAUUCAGAUCGAUACCCAUGGAGCUUUUGGUAUUAAAAGUAAUGGUAGAACAUUCAAGAGACCUUUGAGAUAUAUAUCAUUUGACUAUAAAUCACCACACUCUGAUGUAUCCAGAAUAAAUAUUCGUGUCAAGCAUGUACCUUUCUGUUUCAUACUUGAUUUACGAAAGGCAAAACACAUUGAUGAAAAUGAAUUGUGCUGUCUAAUGUACAAAGUUAAUCAGAAUUGUAGUACUUAAUUCUGUAAUAACUGUAAUAUGUAUUAUCUUAUAAAUUUCAUGUUACUGGAUAAAUAAUAUGAAUGCUUGUAGACAAUGUUCAUGUAAAAUCAGUGGUUUUUAAUCUACUGAAACUAUCGUAUUACCAAUAUCCUACUCAUAAUUUAUACUAAUGGCUUACGAUGAAAUAAAAUAGACUCCAUA